AAAAAAAAAAUGUUAAGUCAGAUUUUUGUAACCUUUUUAACUUAAAUUUUAGUGUCUUAAAUAUAAGAAAGAAACGACGUCUAAAAUAUUUACAGAUUUGUUAAAACAAUGCCGACCAUGAGUAAAAUGGAAUAAAUUUAAGUCUGACAAAGAAAAAACUCAAUAAAAGUAAUUAUAAUAAAGACCCGAAACAUAGACUAUUUAAAGGAAAAUAUAUUUGUCGAUGGUGCGUAAUAAAACUCAAUCAACCUCAUCAUCGUCUUCAAGCGGAAAUGCGAGCAACAACAGCAGCACGAAAUCUCCCAUAAGACAAAAUAUUCAUCGUAAGUCUUCAAGCACUUGCAGCGUAGCCCUUUUAGACGACGUCAAACCAACAGUUUCAAGCCGUCGUUCGCCAGGGUCCUCUCCAGACGAUGAUACCGAUGCUGACUACGAUUCAUCGCCUACUUCUCAACGUUCUACAUUUAGCUCCGUACAUAAGCAGAAUCUAUAUCUUGUUUCAUUUCCCAUUAUAUUUCUAUUUAAUAUUCUACGUACACUGAUCUAUCAGCUGUUUUGCGUCUUUCGCUACUUGUACGGAGCUAGUACAAAAGUUAUCUAUCGUCCACAUAAACGCGAAUGUAAUAUUGAGAUAGUUGUAGGCGCUUCAUCAUCGCAAAAUUCGGGCUUGAAGGAAAAGAAUCAAUUGCUCGAACAAGCGCACAGCACAACAAACACAGUAGCUCCGUACCCCUUACCGCAGCGCAUGCGACCACAACAACAAUUAGAAAUGUUUAAUAAAAACAACGCAGUAGCUAGCAGUUCCGGACCCGGACCUGGUGAUCCUCUUUUGGCUAAACAGAAGCAUCACCAUCGUCGUGCUUUUGAAUACAUAUCGAAAGCCUUGAAAAUCGAUGAAGAAAACGAAGGUCAUAAAGAACUCGCUAUUGAAUUGUAUCGUAAAGGCAUUAAAGAAUUAGAGGAUGGUAUUGCUGUGGAUUGUUGGAGCGGACGCGGAGAAGUAUGGGAACGUGCUCAACGAUUGCAUGAUAAAAUGCAAACGAAUCUGUCAAUGGCUAGAGAUCGCUUGCAUUUUCUAGAAUUACGUGAAGAAGAGAUACAUUUGGAAGAAUUAAGCUUGAAAGAGAUACAAGAAGAGGUUGAAGGUGAAAGAGAAGAAGAAGAAGCUGAUGUCAAUAAAAAUCUUAAAUAUAGAAAAUCCAUUAAAUCUCCCUCAAAUGUACAAGUCGUGCAGCCCAUGCAAAUGGGCAGUAAUAAUAAUAGUCCCGCCACAAGUCCAAGCUUAAUGGUGCGCAGCAAUAAUACCUCAAAAUUAAGGAACAUUCCAAAAUCUGCAAAUACCUCUACUAACCUGAAGUAUUCCCCUAAUGCAGCUUCGGGUCGUAAAUUAACUGUAAGUUCUAAACGUCCAGGAAAUUUGGCAGUUGUAAAUAAAUCGCAAACAUUGCCAAGAAAUUUGGGAUCAAAAAAUGCUAUUAGCGGAGUUUCACCGCGACAGCCCAUUAAAACAGCAGCCACACCUCCAGCAGUACGUAGGCAAUUUUCUUCUGGACGAAACACGCCACCGCAACGUUCACGAACACCUAUCAGUGGCAUUGGUAUGAGCAGUCAGUCUAAUAGUGGUGCAUCCACACCAGUAGUCAGUGUUAAAGGUGUUGAGCAGAAAUUGGUGCAAAUUAUACUUGAUGAAAUUGUUGAGGGCGGUGCCAAAGUCGAAUGGUCAGAUAUUGCUGGUCAAGAUGUAGCUAAACAAGCACUUCAAGAAAUGGUUAUCUUACCAUCGGUGAGACCGGAACUUUUUACUGGAUUACGUGCUCCUGCCAAGGGUUUACUUCUUUUUGGCCCACCUGGUAAUGGCAAAACGUUGCUAGCGCGUGCAGUUGCCACGGAAUGCAGCGCAACAUUUUUUAAUAUUUCAGCUGCUUCGUUGACCAGCAAAUAUGUGGGCGAUGGUGAGAAAUUAGUGCGAGCAUUAUUUGCUGUCGCCCGCGAAAUGCAACCUUCCAUAAUUUUUAUUGAUGAGGUGGAUUCAUUGCUUUCGGAACGUAGCAGUAAUGAGCAUGAAGCUUCUAGACGCUUGAAAACUGAAUUUCUUGUAGAGUUUGAUGGUUUGCCUGGUAAUCCGGAUGGUGAUCGUAUCGUGGUCUUAGCGGCCACAAAUCGUCCUCAAGAACUUGAUGAAGCGGCUUUACGACGCUUCGCAAAACGAGUUUACGUAUCUUUGCCCGACUUGGAUACCCGCGAAUUAUUAUUGCGUAAAUUAUUGCAAAAGCAAGGCAAUCCAUUAGAUAGCGACGCCUUGAAACGUUUAGCUAAAUUAACGGAUGGUUAUUCGGGUUCCGAUCUUACCGCUUUAGCUAAAGAUGCUGCUUUAGAACCGAUACGUGAAUUGAAUGUUGAACAAGUUAAAAAUCUGGAUAUCAGUGCAAUGCGUCCGAUUACAGAAACUGAUUUCCAUAAUUCAUUAAAGCGUAUACGACGUUCUGUUGCACCUCAAAGUUUAACGCUUUAUGCAAAAUGGUCACAAGAAUACGGUGAUAUUACCGUUUAAAAAGAAACAAAAAUCAACACAAUUUCCAAUUGUGCUGCAAUUGUGCUUUGU